CCAGACCUGCCCAGGAGCUCCCUGUGCCGGGACCAACUUGGGGCCAUGGGGGAAGGCCAGGAGCCUAGACCCAUCCCUGCGCAGCGUCCCUUGGUGUCGUUCAGCCCAAAGCCAGCACAUUGCCCAGUAGCUGGGCUUGGGGGCUGCACGUCCCGCGGGACCCUAGCAACCUCCGGACCCCCUUCCCAUUUCUUUGGCUAGAUAGAGCACAGACCCUACCUGGGAGCCCUGUGUCAGUCAGCACCGCCCUCUCCCUGCAGGGGCUCUAACACCCGCAGGGCUCCACGGAGAUCUUGUCAUUUCAGUCCCUCCCACCGCUCCUUCUGGGCAGUUGCCUCCCCCAGCCAGGCUGCGGUGGGGUAUGAUAGCCUAGUUUGGAGAUUGGAAGGAGGUCCUUGGCCAGUGCCCUUCAGGACAGUGAGGAAUUGAGCCACUGACAGCUGCAGCUGGGGAAUCCCAACAGGCCGGCUGAGCCCAGAAGCUGCCCCCUUCCAUACCCUCCUGUUAGAGAACUCUGGCUGGCUGUAGUGAAGCCUGCGGUAUCUAAAUUCUCCUGUGCAGUUUGCUGCCCCCCUUCUAACCCCAUUACAUCUGUCUCAAGGUUGAGAGUUGUGACUGCCCCUGGCCUAUCCCCUUCCCUGGUCUCCCUCUGCCUGAGGCUGGGCUGCCCCGGAGAAGGCUACUAAGCCCCGGGCCAUGGUCCCCUCUCCCAGGACCCGGAACCUGGGAGCCACGCCCUCACUGCCCAGCCUGCGGAGAGUGGGCCGGGCCGGGGAGCUGCCGGAGCCCAAGAUGGCUCGCCCCGCCCCAGCCCCAGCCAGCCCGGCUGCCCGCCCUUUCCCACACACCGGCUCAGGGAGGUUGAGAACUGGGCGUGGAAAAGACACCGUGGUUGGCAGUGACGAGGACUCCAGCGCCCGGAUUGCAGCUCGCCCGGCCCUAGGACAGUGCCGAACCCUCAGCGGGGACUGGGCGGGCCCUGGGAGUCCCCGCAGGCUCUACCUGACUGUACGGCAAGCCCUGCAGGACAAGGGGUGCGAGAGCAAGAGUCAGGGGACGAAAGAAGACAAUCUCUCGAAGAGGCAGGCGCUGGUCCCCAGGCGGGACCGAGAGGCCCUGAAAGCUGGUGCUGCCACGAAUGUAGAGAAAACAGGUGGGCGGCUGUUUGGCAGAGGGAGGUGCUCCAACCUGCCAGGGUCACCAGGGGCGGCCCCUGAGGUGCAUAGGAUGGUGGAGGCCAUGUCCCAGCUUCAGAAGGAGAAAGCUCAGCUUCAGGAGGAGCUGGUGGUCCUGCGGGAGAGGCUGGCCCUCCACAACAGUGACCAGCAAGCCACAACCACCCAGCUGCAGAACCAGGUGGAAAAUCUCAAGGAGAAGCUCGUCAGCCAGGCCCAGGAAGUGACCCGGCUACGAUCCGAGCUGAGAGGCACCGAAUUGGAGAAGCACCGGGACCCACUGAUGGUGGAGAAUGAGCGGCUGAGGCAGGAGCUGGGGCGCUACGAGGCUGAGCUGCAGGAGCUGCGGGUCCAGCCGGCUGCAGCUGCACCCUGCUCGGGCUGCAAACACAGCCAGGAGAGCACCCAGCUCCGCCACAAGGUAUCCCAACUGCAGCUGGAGGUGGCAGAGAACAAGGGCAUGCUGUCGGAGCUGAAUGUGGAGGUGCAACAGAAGACCGACCGGCUGGCCGAGGUGGAGCUGCGGCUCAAGGACUGCCUGGCUGAGAAGGCGCAAGAGGAAGAGCGGCUCAGUCGGCGCCUGCGCGACAGCCACGAGACCAUUGCCAGCCUGCGGGCCCAGUCUCCGCCUGUCAAGUACGUCACCAAGACGGUGGAGGUGGAGUCGUCCAGGACCAGGCAGGCCCUCAGUGAGUCCCAGGCUCAGAACCAGCACCUGCAGGAGCAGGUGGCCAUGCAGCGGCAGGUGCUGAAGGAGAUGGAGCAGCAGCUUCACAGCUCGAAUCAGCUGACCACGCAGCUCCGGGCACAGAUCUCCAUGUACGAGGCAGAGCUGGAGCGGGCCCACGGGCAGAUGCUGGAGGAGAUGCAGUCCAUGGAGGAGGACAAGAACCGGGCCAUCGAGGAGGCCUUUGCCAGAGCCCAGGUGGAGAUGAAGGCUGUUCAUGAGAACCUAGCAGGUGUCCGGACAAACCUGCUAAUGCUGCAGCCGGCACUGAGAACCCUCACCAAUGACUACAAUGGGCUCAAGCGGCAGGUGCGCAACUUCCCAAUGCUGCUGGAUGAGGCCCUCCAGAGUGCCAGGGCUGAGAUCGACGAGAUCAUCGAGGAGGUCAACAGCAACAACCAGGACCUGCUGCGCAAGUACCGCCGGGAGCUGCAGCUGCGGAAGAAGUGCCACAAUGAGCUGGUGCGGCUGAAAGGAAACAUCCGGGUGAUUGCUCGUGUUCGGCCCAUCACCAAAGAGGACGGGGAAGGGCCCGAGGCGACCAAUGUCGUGUCCUUUGAUCCCGAUGAUGACGCUAUCAUUCACCUGCUGCACAAGGGCAAGCCAGUGUCCUUUGAACUGGACAAGGUCUUCUCCCCGCAGGCCUCACAGCAGGAUGUAUUCCAGGAGGUACAGGCCUUGAUCACUUCCUGCAUUGAUGGCUUCAAUGUCUGCAUCUUUGCCUAUGGCCAGACGGGUGCCGGCAAGACGUACACAAUGGAGGGGACCCCUGAGAACCCAGGCAUCAACCAACGGGCCUUGCAGCUGCUCUUCUCAGAGGUGCGGGAAAAGGCCUCUGACUGGGAGUACACCAUCACUGUCAGUGCCGCCGAGAUCUAUAAUGAGAUCCUCAGGGACCUGCUGGGGACAGAGCCUCAGGAGAAGCUGGAGAUUCGGCUGUGCCCAGACGGCAGUGGGCAGCUGUAUGUGCCAGGGCUGACCCGGUUCCGGGUGCAGAGUGUGGCUGACAUCAACAAGGUGUUCGAGUUCGGCUACGCCAAUCGUACCACGGAGUUCACCAACCUGAAUGAGCACAGCUCCCGCUCUCAUGCCCUGCUCAUCGUGACGGUUCAGGGCCGAGAUUGCAGCACAGGCAUCCGCACCAUGGGGAAGCUGAACCUGGUGGAUUUGGCUGGCUCAGAGCGUGUGGGCAAGUCAGGUGCUGAGGGCAGCCGCCUGCGGGAGGCACAGCACAUCAACAAGUCACUGUCGGCCCUGGGGGACGUCAUUGCUGCCCUGCGCUCUCGCCAGGGCCACGUGCCCUUCCGCAACUCCAAGCUCACCUACUUGCUGCAGGAUUCACUGAGUGGCGACAGCAAGACGCUUAUGGUGGUGCAGGUAUCUCCUGUGGAGAAGAACACCAGCGAGACGCUCUACUCCCUCAGGUUCGCUGAGCGGGUGCGCUCCGUGGAGCUGGGUCCCGGGUCCCGCCGCACUGAGCUUGGGUCCUGGUCGAGCCAGGAGCAUCUGGAGCUGGAGCCAAACUGCCAGACACCACAGCCAACAGCACGAGCACACUCGGCCCCUGGCUCUGGGCCCUCCAGCCGUCCUGGAUCCAUCCGGAGGAAGCUGCAGCCCUCCGGUGAGCUCUCUGCACAUGAUUGUCACAACCACUGUUUCCCUUACCUGGAAGGUCCUUUUCUUUCCUUUUUUUUAAAAAAAAACCCCUCCCUUUCCCUGAGAAGCAGUCAGGGCGGGCAGCACUGUGUCCAUUUUAUAGAUGGGAAAACCAGGCCCUAGGAGAGAAGGUGCUGGGACAAGAUUAUUGGAGGCCAUCCCUGCUCUCACACAACCCCUCCAAGACAGGCUGCCUCUAAGCCCUGGGCCUUGAUGGUGUUCUUGUGGGGUGUGAGGGGCAGAAAGCUCAGGGCUCACUUCAUGUGAGGAAUGGGCUUCUCAUGCAAGGGCCUGGCCAGUCCUUGAGUCCAGAGGCUUGGGGGUGGCAGGGCCCUGGCAAGAUAAGAUAAGCCCACCAUUGAGACA